AUGAAAAUGACACUUGUCAAGCAAAAUUUAAACUUUAAAUUGUCUCUGUAUUUAGGUAUUACUCGUCUUUGUUGUGACUCUCGUCGUGCAGUUCGUUCAUCUGCCCUGGGUUAUCUUCAACGAUGUGUUCUAUUACCUGAACUUCAUAUUCUUUCUCCAAUAGAAUGGGAAUCUGUGUUUGAUAAAGUAUUAUUUCCUUUAUUACUUAAAUUACUUGAAACAAUAAAUAUAAAUGAUCAUAUAUAUGGAAUUGAAGAGACACGUGUACGUGUUUCACAAUUAUUAUGCCGAAUAUUUUUACAACAUCUUACACCAUUAUUGACAUUACCAACAUUCACAAAAAUAUGGUUAACUAUUUUAGAUUUUAUGGAUAAAUAUUCCAAAAUAGACCAAACUGAUAUGUUGCGUGAAUCUGUUCGUGAAUCAUUAAAAAAUAUGCUUUUAGUUAUGAAUACAACUGGUUUAUUUGAUGAUAAUCAACCUUUAACAGUGAUUACAAAAGAUAGAAUUCACAAUUUUUUUCCUGGUCUUUGGGAGGAAGUUUUUAAAAUAUCAACACCACCACAAGUACCUUCUCCAACCGUAGAGUCGGUUGUAUUACCUACAACAAGCGGUGAUAGUAAUACUCCAUCGAAUGAAUCAACAACAUCGUUAGUAUCAAAUGAGACAACAAUCAAUGAACCACUUCCUCCAACUAAUGUAUGA